UCGAAUUUUCGAAGACUUGGAAUCUUCCUAAAUCUGAUCUUCCCCUUUUCUUUCUUUCUUGUAGCCCCCCACCCUGCGAUUCCACCUAAUUCCAUCACUACAGCUGUUUUCUGUCAUCCAAUAUUAUCCCGAUUCACUUAACAGCACCACCUCCCUUCACAAUAGUCCAUCAUGGAUCCAGAAAUAUUUCUUUCUAAGUAGUCCGACCCGUAAAAGGCUUGCUUGCUUACAACAAAUCUCAUCGGGUUUUGGCUUUGAUGGGUUCAAAGCAGUGGAUGCAACCAGCUCCAACCUAUCAUCCAUUACAGACUUUUUGGGACACUGAAGAUGACGCUCCGGGUCCCCGCUGCGCCCACACUCUCACCGCCAUCGCACCCACCAAAACCAACGGCCCCCGCCUCAUCUUAUUCGGUGGCGCCACCGCUAUUGGCGGCGGACCCUCCUCCGCAGUCCCCGGAAUCCGGUUAGAUGGUGUCACGAAUUCGGUUCAUGUGUAUGAUGUUCUUACUAGGAAAUGGACCAGAAUUCAACCAGCAGGCGAGGCACCUUCACCGAGGGCUGCUCACGCAGCAGCGGUUGUGGGAACCAUGGUUGCGUUUCAGGGUGGGAUAGGUCCUGCUGGGCAUUCGACGGACGAUCUUUACGUGCUCGACUUGACUAAUGACAAAUAUAAAUGGCACCGAGUUGUUGUUAGAGGGGAGGGUCCCGGCCCUCGGUAUGGACAUGUAAUGGAUUUGGUAGCCCAACGAUAUCUUGUUACUGUUAGUGGCAACGAUGGAAAGAAAGUGCUUUCAGACGCUUGGGCUUUGGAUACUGCGCAAAAACCAUACGCUUGGCAGAAACUAAAUCCAGAAGGUGAUAAACCGUCUGCUAGAAUGUAUGCAACUGCUAGUGCCCGCACAGAUGGUAUGUUUUUGCUUUGUGGUGGAAGAGACAUCUUAGGCACGCCGCUAGCAGAUGCCUAUGGAUUGCUCAUGCAUAAGAAUGGUCAAUGGGAAUGGACACCUGCACCCGGAGUUUCACCGUCACCAAGAUACCAACAUGCAGCCGUGUUUGUUGGUGCUAGAUUGCACGUUACCGGAGGUGUUUUGAGGGGAGGACGAGCAGUAGAUGGUGAAGCAGCUGUUGCAGUUUUGGACACGGCUGCUGGUGUUUGGUUAGAUAGACACGGCAUGGUGACUUCUUCACGUAAUAAUAGCAAGGGUGGUCAAAGUCAAACCGAAGAUUCUUCUUUGGAGCUCAUGCGGCGUGGUAGGCAUGCCGCUGCAUCUGUUGGUGGUCGCAUAUAUGUCUAUGGCGGUCUUAGGGGAGAUGUGUUACUAGAUGAUUUUCUUAUCGCUGAGGAAUCGCAAAAUUCGGAUUCUCGAGCUCCUAUGUUAACAUCUGAAACCACCUCAGGUGUGACAAGUCCCAGGUCAAACAAUUCGAGCCCGUUUGGUCCUACUCCUUCGUCUGGCAGAUUAAGUAUGAACAGGGAAUCUAUGGAGCGGCUGGCAGAAGCAUCUGCCGCUGAAGCACAGGCUGCUAAUGCUGUAUGGCAAGCCGCACAGGCACAUGCUAUGAUUUCAAAUGUUUCAGAUGACUCGCAACCUGCCGAAAACAAUUCAGAGGGUAGCGAUACCGAGAGAGAUGUUACACUUCACCCAAGAGCUGUUGUGGUUGCCAACGAAACUGUAGGAAACCUCGGUGGGUUGAUCCGGCAAUUAUCUUUGAAUCAAUUUGAAAAUGAGAGUAGACGAAUGAUUCCUUCUCAAAAUGACCGCGCAUAUCCAACCAGAAAGUUCACAAGGCAACCGUCACCUCAAGGCUUGCAUAAGAAGGUCGUAUCUACUUUACUUAGGCCUCGAAACUGGAAACCUCCUGCCAACAGGAGGUUUUUCCUUGAUUCUUACGAAGUAGGAGAGCUUUGCCAUGCAGCCGAACAAAUAUUUUUGCACGAGCCUACGGUUCUUCAAUUAAAAGCUCCAAUUAAGGUGUUUGGCGAUCUCCACGGGCAAUUUGGUGAUUUGAUGCGGUUGUUUGAUGAAUAUGGAUUUCCAUCUACUGCUGGAGACAUAACAUACAUUGACUAUUUAUUCCUUGGCGAUUAUGUUGAUCGAGGACAACAUAGUUUAGAGACGAUCACUUUACUUCUUGCGCUUAAGAUUCAGUAUCCCGAGAAUGUGCAUUUGAUACGUGGGAACCAUGAGGCUGCUGACAUCAAUGCACUCUUUGGAUUUCGGCUUGAAUGCAUCGAAAGAAUGGGGGAGAAUGACGGGAUCUGGGCAUGGUCACGGUUCAAUCAACUGUUUAACCAUCUUCCGCUUGCGGCGAUGAUUGAGAAAAAGAUAAUAUGUAUGCAUGGUGGCAUAGGGAGGUCGAUACAUUCAGUCGAACAGAUAGAGAAAAUAGAGAGACCGAUAACAAUGGAUACUGGAUCUCUCGUCUUGAUGGAUUUAUUAUGGUCUGACCCGACAGAAAACGAUAGCGUGGAAGGUCUACGGCCAAAUGCUAGGGGACCGGGCCUCGUCACUUUUGGGCCUGACAGGGUUACAGACUUCUGUAAAAGAAACAAGCUUCAGAUGAUUAUAAGAGCACAUGAAUGCGUAAUGGAUGGGUUUGAACGAUUUGCUCAGGGCCAGUUGAUUACCCUUUUCUCCGCCACUAACUAUUGCGGGACCGCAAACAAUGCCGGAGCUUUACUAGUGGUCGGCAGAGGACUGGUGGUUGUUCCUAAACUGAUUCACCCGUUGCCGCCUCCUUUUAACUCACCGGAAGCAUCUCCAGAGCAUGUUCAAGACGACACAUGGAUGCAGGAGCUUAAUUAUCAAAGACCGCCAACGCCUACCAGGGGCCGACCCCAGCCUAAUCAUGACAGGAACUCACUUGCAUAUAUUUGAUUAGUGAUAUGAUAUUGGGAUUUUGAUUCAAGUUAUAUACACAAGAGAUUAAGAUUGUAUUUAGAGUAAAUAUGGCUUUUUUCAUAGACUUGAUUGACAUUGCUUGUAUGAUAAGUGAUGAUGAGAUGGUUUGUAUCUCAUGAAUAAUUUCUGCAUUUAGAUGAGCACUUUGAAAUACAUAUUUACAUGUAUCACAAUAUAGCUCGUGACUUGAAGCUUGUUAAAAAAA